GCCAAACACCUUGAUACACCCACCACUACCACUUGGACGUCUUCAAGCACUUCAAGCUUCAAGACCCAACGACAAAAAUCAAGCCAUGUCCCUCGUUGCCCCGGACCCCCACAUACAAUUUCAGCACAUCUUGCGUCUCCUCAACACCAAUGUUGACGGUAAACGAAAGAUCAUGUACGCCUUGACGGAAAUCAAGGGCGUUGGGAGGAGAUACUCCAACAUUAUUUGCAAGAAGGCUGAUGUCGACCUCAACAAGCGAGCUGGUGAACUCAACUCUGAUGAGCUCGAGCGGAUUGUUACUAUCAUGCAAAACCCCACACAGUUCAAAAUCCCCACAUGGUUUCUUAGCAGACAGAAGGACAUUGUCGAUGGAAAGGACUACCAAAUAUUGUCCAACAACGUCGACUCAAAACUUCGCGACGACCUUGAGAGGCUAAAGAAAAUCCGUGCUCACCGUGGUUUGAGGCAUUUCUGGGGUCUCCGUGUAAGAGGUCAACACACAAAGACAACUGGUCGUCGUGGGAAGACAGUCGGUGUGUCGAAGAAGAGAGGUUGAAUGUAUUUUCAGAUUCCUCAUGCAUGUCCAUGUCGUAUAUGUUUCUACCUUUCAUCACAUGCAAUGCACGAUCUCGACUUGACUUUACC